GCUCCCAGAUGGUUUCACACAGCUUUUAAAUUUGACCCAGCUAUAUCUAAAUGAUGCCUUUCUGGAAUUUCUUCCAGCUAACUUUGGAAGAUCAAUGCUCAAACUGACCCAGCUGGAGAGGCUUGACCUGGGUAAUAAUGAAUUUUCUGAGCUGCCUGAAGUUCUGGAACAAAUACAAAACCUAAAAGAAUUAUGGAUGGACAACAAUUCACUUCAAACAUUACCUGGGUCUAUAGGACGAUUAAAACAACUGAUAUACUUGGAUAUGUCAAAAAAUAGGAUAGAAAGUAUAGAUCUGGACAUAUCAGGAUGUGAAGCCCUUGAAGAUCUACUAUUGUCAUCAAAUAUGCUACAACAACUGCCAGAUUCUAUAGGGCUCUUGAAAAGACUUACUACUUUGAAAGUAGAUGACAAUCAACUUACACUUCUGCCCAAUGCUAUUGGAAAUUUAUCUUUAUUAGAAGAAUUUGACUGCAGCUGUAAUGAACUGGAGUCUCUACCUCCCACCACUGGCUAUCUACACAAUCUCCGAACUUUAGCUGUAGAUGAAAACUUCCUGAGUGAACUUCCCAGAGAA